GGAAGAUGAAGGAGAAAUUUGGCCUGAGACGGGACAUCUUUAAAGAGUUCCUGGCGGAAUUUCUUGGGAUAUUUGUCCUGAUAUCUGGAGUGUCCUGGCCUGCACCUGUCUGAGCUCAACCUGUCACCUCUAAGAGUCUGCUUUAAAGCCUGUGAAAACACCUCAUAGAAGGCGUACAGUGUCCACAACAAUCCUACUUAUCAAAACACCCUCCUAGUUUCUCAACACCUCCGCCCCCAACUCCUGUGCACCUUAAAAAUGUGAUGAACUGAAACCCUGUUUUGGACAAAUUGUCUGUGGCAGUCAGGGGCUUUUUGGGAACAAGAGGACUAGUGUUAAUGCUCUUUGGAUGCGGUUCAGUGGCUCAGGCGGUGCUGAGUAAAGGGGCUCUUGGGGAGCCGCUCACCAUCCAUGUCGGUUUUACCCUGGGAGUCAUGAUGGCCGUCUACAUUGCAGGAGGAGUGUCAGGAGGUCAUGUGAACCCUGCUGUCUCCCUGGCCAUGGUCAUUUUAGGAAAGCUACCACUGAAGAAGUUUCCAGUGUAUGUAGCAGCUCAGUUCUUGGGAGCUUUUGCUGGAUCCUGUGCAGUCUUUGGCUUGUAUUAUGAUGCUUUGAGGGAAUUCACCAAUGGAGAGUUUGCAGUAACUGGUGCCAAUGCAACAGCUGGUAUAUUUGCAUCGUAUCCUGCAAAACAUCUUUCUGUCAUUAAUGGAUUUGUUGAUCAGGUUAUUGCAACUGCUGCACUGGUCCUCUGCAUCCUGGCCAUCACUGACAGAAAGAAUAUCGGUGCCCCCAAAGGCAUGGAGCCUUUGUGCAUCGGUUUGAUCAUCUUGGCCAUUGGGGUGUCCAUGGGUCUGAACUGUGGGUAUCCCAUAAACCCAGCACGAGACCUUGGCCCGCGGCUCUUCACGGCUGUUGCUGGAUGGGGCAUGGAUGUGUUCAGGGCUGGAGGCUGCUGGUGGUGGAUUCCUGUGGCAGGGCCCAUGGUGGGUGGAGCAGUUGGAGCUGGAAUUUACUUUCUUAUCAUUGACCUGCACCAACCAGAGUCCGACAGACAGGUGGAUAACAACGUCCAGGACAAAUAUGAAAUUGUUACCAUGAAUUAAAGCUUUCAUCAAAGAUAUCCAAGCAAAAUCUUUUUAAAAAAGGGCAAAACAGCACUGCAGUACGUUUUUACAUUCAGGAAUACAAUGAAAAGCCUGCGUUUAAUACAAAACAUGCACACUAUGAGCAAUUUCACAACUGCAUAGAUGUCGUAUUUAUAAAUGCAUGAAUGUUUUCUGGAGCCUUUGAAACUUAUUUUGUAAAAGUGUAACUCCCACAUACAUUUACAUGUGUAGUUCUUUUAGUUUAGCAGAAAUGUAGAUUUUUUUUAAUAGCUUAAAACAGUUUUCUCUCUGCAAGCAGCCCUUUUUAAACAAAGUAUUCUAUUAUUAAAUCUAUCGUAUAAUUAAAAACUAAGUAAAACUAAAUAAGAUAAAACUGAAACUUUGAAAUAAAAAGGUGAAAAUGCACACCGGUAAUUAUUUUAGAUCAUUGUGAGGGAUUAUCAUGAAUAUUCCCUCUUGUAGUCUAAUUUAUUUUCCUCUGAUUUCCUGAUUUGUUGAAAAAUGAAUAGAACAUCUGUUUAGAGACAUGUUAUGUCAUGUUAAGUAUACUGCAGACCUGUCACACAUUGCACAUAUUGCAGGAAUAAAAUAUUUUAGCCUUGACAAUAUGACCGUUUGACACAUUUACACUGUCUAACCUUUUGAGCUGUGAAGUAAAGGGUCAGUUUUAAAUUCUGUCAACUAUGUCAGCCCUCUUUUGCAUCAUUCAGUAGCCUAUUUGGAGAGUUUUUACUUUAUAGUGGCUGUUUAGUGAUUUCUCUGCUUGCUUGCUUUUGACAUCUCCUCUUGUUUGACUAUUGCAGAGUUUGUUUACAGCAAUAUACCAAAAUAUAUCUAGUUACCAACAACCUAGAAGUUGAUACUUCAGGGGGGUUUUUUGUCAAAAAAAAAAAAGAAUUUGUAAUUUUUACAUAGUGUAUUGAUAUGUUUGUGUUGUGACUUUCUUACACAUUUUGUACUUUAUCCUUUGCAUGCUUGUAAAAAUGCUUUGUUAAUUUAUUGUGUUUGAAGUUUUGUAGUUUUUAGAUAAUCCAGCCUUAAAUACUUUUACUGCUAUAUGACCUACUUUUUCACUAAUGACAGACAUUUCUAUGAUACCUAAACUGAUUUUUGUAACCUACAUUACGUAGUUUUUAGGGUACAAGUUUGUACUAAAAAGGCAAGACUAAUUAGGCUAUUACAAAAAAAAUAUUUUUUGAGUCCAAUAAAAGUUUUGACAAUGAAAAUAUGAUCAUUGUAAUUUUUCUAAUUGGUUAUGAAAGCAAAUAUUCAAAUAUAUUUAAAAUUUAAAGGGUUUAUUGUCAGAUGUGCACAUUAAGAAAACAAGUUUCCCUGUACAAGGAAAGUCUUACUUUGCUCUUCAUUCUAAAUUCCACAAAAUGUUUAAGGUUAAAUACAAACAGAAGAAAAAAAGAGAAAAUAGAAAAGGAUAAUUACAGGAUAACUGAAAAGAAGCAUAAUAACUAAACAUUAACACAAAUGUGCAAAAAAGACUGUCCUGAGGUAAACAGUAUGAUACAUGCAGUUAUUUAAUAAUGGUAUAUGUAAUAUUUGGUAUAUGUAUAUUUAAAUAUGCUAUAUGAUGCAGAAUGAAAUUUGUGGAUUUUUUUUAAAAGGGCAAAACCACAAAUUUGCAACCACAAAUCUGAUGUCUAACAUGUUUCAGAAUGAAAAUACUUAAAGCAGAUGAAAUCAGAGCUCACUUUGUGAGCAUAAGCAACAAGAAGCAUGCAGACCUCUACUAACACAUUUACAGAUUGUUAAUAUUACCACAUGUUUUAGUGACACUGUGAUCUUUAAAUAAUCAGGUACAUGGGGCCUCAAUGGAAUUAACACAAAAAUGCUGUAUUGAGAAGUUGUGUUAUUUACCCCACUCAACCAUAUUAUUGCUGUUUUAUUUUGUGAAGUAACUAUUUUUUGUCAUAUUACAUUCUUAUCCUACAAGGAUAUUAUAGAUGCAACAAUACAAGACAACAAAACAUUUUUGUUAGCAAAGAUGUAUGACCUGUUCAUCACUGACCUAAAUAUGUUAAUUCUUUCUGUCACUAUGAGCAAAUAAAAAUCUAUUUUUCCACUGAA